AUGGGCAUCACCUCGCUGAAUGUUGCGCCCCUUCUCGACCGGCCCGCGGAGGACCAACGCUGGCGACCAGCCAAAGGGGCACCUGAAGUGCCGCAGGAGAAACUUGAGCGUGCUCGAGGUGCGGUGGGUGAUCAGUGCGCGGAACCUCAGAGUUCGAAGUCUCGGGUCUGCGCGGCCGACCUCACGACGAGCUCAGGAUGA